AUGGAGUUCUGCUGGAAAAAAUGCUUCUCCUCGCCAAAAGGACCAGAAUUGGAUUGUCAAAUACUCUACACAAAAAAUCUGCAAUCCUGGGAGCAUAUCGAGCUCAUGGCCAACUCUGAAUUUAUAAUUGAUUCCAUCUCCGAUUCUACUAUUCCAUCUCCACCAGCUCCGAUUCCAGUUGUCGAUCCAUCUCCGAUUCCACCUCCACCAGCUCUGAUUCCACCUCCACCAGCUCCGAUUCCACCUUCACCCGCUCCGAUUCCAGUUGUCGAUCCAUCUCCGCUUCUACUAGGAUCCCCUUCUCCCGGAAAGCGGGAAAAAAAACGAUUAACGCUGAGCAAUCAAUUUGACACUUUGAAGGAAUGA